AUGAAUAACGUCCAAUGGGAUGCAGUGAAGGAUGUGAAUAAUGUCCAAUGGGAUGCAGUGAAGGAUAUGAAUAACGUCCAAUGGGAUGCAGUGAAGGAUAUGAAUAACGUCCAAUGGGAUGCAGUGAAGGAUAUGAAUAACGUCCAAUGGGAUGCAGUGAAGGAUAUGAAUAACGUCCAAUGGGAUGCAGUGAAGGAUAUGAAUAACGUCCAAUGGGAUGCAGUGAAGGAUAUGAAUAACGUCCAAUGGGAUGCAGUGAAGGAUAUGAAUAACGUCCAAUGGGAUGCAGUGAAGGAUGUGAAUAAUGUCCAAUGGGAUGCAGUGAAGGAUAUGAAUAACGUCCAAUGGGAUGCAGUGAAGGAUAUGAAUAACGUCCAAUGGGAUGCAGUGAAGGAUAUGAAUAAUGUCCAAUGGGAUGCAGUGAAGGAUGUGAAUAAUGUCCAAUGGGAUGCAGUGAAGGAUGUGAAUAAUGUCCAAUGGGAUGCAGGGAUUGUGAGCUCCACACUGUUUUUCCUACUGUCAUGUGAUGCCCUGCUGAGUGAUGGACCACCCACCUUGCUGUCCACCUCCCAGCCCUCUCCUCUGUCCCUCAUGGACCUGGACCAAGAUGUGGAGGAGCAGCCGGAGAGGAUGACCGUUCCAGGCAGCCCCACCACAGUACCAGGCCUAACCUCCCAGGGACAGGAGUCUUCGGGGUUAUUCAAUGACGACAACAAGCCUCUGCAGUCCUCUGUUCAUCUCUGGGACGAUGUCAGAGACCAAGUCAACAUCACUGGUCUAGAUAGGAAGUCCCUCAGAGGUUACAGUCAGACCCUCUCCCAGACCUCAACCUCUCCUAUGGAGGAACCCAGACAGGGAAAUCACACCUCUCCCUUCAAGGAUGCGGUGGAGAGGCAGGAGCGGGAGCUAUGGGAGAUGGAGAGAGAGUCCAGCGGCCUCCCCCUGGAGGCUGGCUACGGCCAGAACCAGAGCCUGCCUACCACCACCUACAACAUCACCACAUCCAACACCACCAUCUCCAACACCACCACCACCCCCACCUCCAACACCCCCACAACCCCCACCUCCAACACCACCACCACCCCCAACACCACCACCACCCCCACCUCCAACACCCCCACAACCCCCACCUCCAACACCACCACCACCCCCAACACCACCCCCACCUCCAACACCCCCACAACGCCUGCUGCUGACCCUCUGGUUCCUGUAGACUCAACCACCUUAGACCCACAAUAUGUCCCAGUGUACGGGGGUUCACAAUCAGCUCCUGAAGACACAGUGGAGGUAGAGGUAGCAGAUGAGGAGGAGGAGGAGGAGAGGGAGAGUUCCACCCCUGAGCCUGAUGCCUCCACCUCCAGACCAACCCUCCCAGACCAGGAGGAGGAGGAGGAAGAGGAGAGGGAGAGUUCCACCCCUGAGCCUGAUGCCUCCACCUCCAGACCAACCCUCCCAGAGGUGGGUGUCUUCCCCAGCCUUGGGCCUCUCCAGUCGGACAACACCCAUACAGAAGACCAGGAGGAGGAGGAAGAGGAAGAGGAGGCAGUGGUCCUUGGAAGACCUAGGAGUGACUCGGGAAGAGCAGGGAGAGGAGGGGACAUCUCUCCCCUGACCACAGCCCCCUUGGCGUCUCUGGCGCCCACGGUCGACGUCACGGAGGAUUCAGCGGUCCGUCUGGAGGACGAGGAGAUGUUCGCUGGGAAGGAGAUCCAGGAGGAGGAGAGGAGGCAGGAGGAGAGGAGGCAGGAGGAGGAAAAUAAGCAUGAUGAGGAGGAGCAGGAGGUCAGGCAUGGAGGAAAAGAGCUGUUAACAGAGGCAGAGCUCCUCCGUGGUGCACACUUCUCACAGGAGAUACAGCAGGUGAUCUGUGUGGACUGGAGCGAUCUGGCUGGGAAGGGGUACGUCAUCCUCAACAUGUCAGACAACGUUGACUGUGAUGAGUUCCGUGUGGAGAGUGGAGAGCGGCUCUUGGAGCUGCUAGAGACAACCUUCUCUAGGAAGAUGAACAGUCCUCAGGGCUCCUGGCUCAUCUCUCUCUCUAAACCCACCAGACAGGACCACCAGCUGCUCGUCACGCUGACCAACGAACACGGAGUUAUUGCCACCAAGGAUAUGUUGUCAAUGUUAGGCGAAAUCAGGAGAGGUUUACACGAGAUUGGUAUCCAGAACUACAGCAGAGCUGACACCUGUCACUCCAGGCCCAGUCAGACGCGUAGUGACUACGGGAAGCUGUUUGUGGUCCUGGUGAUCAUAGGUUCUGUCUGUGUGGUCAUCAUCGCCUCUGGUCUCAUCUAUAUCUUCUGGCAGAGACGCCUGCCUAAGAUCAAGACUAUGACUCGAGGUGAGGAAUUUCAUUUUGUGGAGAACGGCUGCCAUGACAACCCUACCCUGGAUGUGACGAGUGACGGCGGGGGGCAGCCAGAGAUACAGGAGAAGAAACAUCGCCACGCCAACGGACUGACGGCUGGGUCUGUGGGGGAGGGAGGGAGCAGUGGCUGGCAGGUCCUGGUCAACAAACCUGGAGUGAAGGAAGAGGAUAAUAUGGAAGAGGAUACACACCUUUAG